AUGAAUUAUUUAUUUAAUCAAUUCGAUAUUUAUCAUCACCUUAAUUUUGCAUCUUUAACCACCAUACUCUACAUUACUUAAAAAAUACUAAUAACUUCAUUGGUUCAAAAUUAUAAGGAAAAUGAUGAUUCAUAAGGUAAUUAUAUUAAUUAAAUAAGAUAACAAUACCCUAAUACAUUUUGAAUUAUUCAUCAGCUAUCCAACUUUACUAAUGCUCAUUAGUACCAUUGCUAAUACCGCAUAAUUAUUGUUUGCCUUGUUUUUGCAAUAGCUAUCAGGAUUUUCAUUAUUAAUUUGCUUUAUAUCAGCUUCAAUAAUUAAUGGAAUUUCAAUUUGGUGGUCAUUAGUUAAGUUAAGACGAACUUCUUACAGAAAAUCUAGAUUAUUGUGGUUCUUAUCGUAAAAUCUUCUGCUUGUAUUUGAUUAAUUAAUUAUUUUUUAGAUAGUAAUUUUUUUUUAUUUAGACUUUGAUCUUAGUGGAUUGACAAUAGGAAUAUCAUUUGCACUUUAAUUUGUUGGAAUAUUUUUAGGGAUGGCCAUAGGAUCAUUAAACAUACAAGAUGCAUAUGGAGAAUUUAAAUAGUAAUUUUUAGACAAUCCUCAAGCAACUUCAAUUAAAUAAUAAAUACUUUUCCAUAUAUAUUAUGGACUCUUGCCAUUUUUGUCACUAAUAAGAGUUAGUCAUGAAAUUGUAUUUAAUAAGCUAUUCAAUAACCCAUUUGAUUUGUUGUAUUUUGCUUUAAUUCAGUUUUUCUAAACAAGGAUUAUGACUUACAAUGAUGAAAACUGUUUAAAAUCAAAUUGGGGAAUUAAGAGUCUGAAAUUAGCCAAGUAACACAUAUAAAUGAUAUCAAUUUAGAUCUCCAAUGUAUUAUUUAUUGAUAUACUAAUGCCUAAUAUCCUUGAAUAGAGUAGACUCAUUCGAUUUUAAUAAUAUAAAGAAUAUAGCUUUAUGUGAUUUCAUGAUAUUUGUAAUUUCUAAUGGAGCAGUUGGAUUAUCAUCAAUUUUAGUAUAAAAGUAUUUGCAAGAAUAAAAAAAAUGA